GAUUGCACUGGAGUGAAGUGACAGGUGGAGAACUUGGCCUGCGCAUUUUUGGAGCAAUCAUCUGUUCUCUCCUGGUAACUAUGACUCUAAUCGGAAAUAUUCUUGUGCUAGUGGUUGUGACCAAGUUUCGUCGCCUGCGGUCCAUAACCAAUCUUUUGCUGGCCAGCUUGGCGACAGCUGAUAUUACUGUUGCAUCGUUAGUCAUGCCCUUCUCUAUCAUUUAUGACCUUGAUAGACAAUGGAGGUUUGGACCCAUCGCCUGCCAUCUUUGGAUAUCCUGUGAUGUUAUGUGCUGCACUGCUUCCAUCCUUCACUUAUGCGUCAUCGCGCUGGAUCGUUUCUGGGCCAUCACUAAACCUUUCCGCUACCGAUCUCUGGUUUCACGAAAGCGGAUAGGGUUUGUCAUUGCUUUCGUGUGGAUGUGCAGUGCUGCUAUAUCCUUCAUUCCCAUUUUUCUGGUGUACAGUGAUCAUCCAAUUAGCAUAUUCCAACCGAGUACCCAGUGCUCCCUUACAGUCAAUCAUAUAUAUGCAACCAUAUCAUCCUUAACUUCCUUUUAUCUCCCACUGCCAAUAAUGUUCUACGUAUAUUUUCGUAUUUUGAUGGUUGCGGAACACCAGGCCAGAGAGAUCAAGCAACUGGAGAGAUCCCUACAAGGUGCAGGAGCUCAUGGAAUCAGAAGGAGUCUUAGACGACGUUCCAAACAAGUGGUAACAGACACAAAAGCCAUUAGGACAUUAGGUAUCGUCAUGGGAGUCUUCUGCGUGUGCUGGUUACCUUUCUUUCUUAUGUAUGUCAUUUUGGCAUAUUGCUCAGACUGCUAUCUCAGCUAUGAAAUUCGUAGUGCCAUCACGUGGUUAGGCUACUUCAACUCGUCGUUUAACCCCUGUAUUUAUGCAUUCCUAAAUAGAGACUUCAAAGAGGCUUUUAGAGUGGUGUUAUGUUGUAAGCAUCAUAAUGGUGCCGGCAUGGAUGAAACAAGCACAGGUGGCAAAGGAAUAAGAAUGGACAGAUUAAAUGCAGACGCUAUAACACCAGAAGCAAGGACUCCUUGCCUGAGUCCUCAAGUGGACCAUGUAUCAUGGCCUUCAGGUGAAGUUGUGUAUGAUCAAUAUCAGCCGUCAUCAUCUCUUUUAACAGUUCCGGGGGCCAAGAACCAUGUGAAUGAGCAUUUUCUUUGACUUACUUAACGUUACUAUUGGUGCCAUUCUAACACACAGAGCUUUUCAGAAGUUUUGAUGCGAUGUGUGGAAACUUUACAUUAAAGGCAAAUAAGAGUAAUAAAAAUUCAGUCGAUUGAAGUUUUCCUGAUGCACCAAAAUUUUCAACAAAUAUGAAACAUUAUUGCUUCGAGAAUGAAAUAUUGAACGUUUUUUUAAGUGCUCAGAGAAAGCUGCUUAAUUGAGCCCUCAAUAUGUUAUAAUUGAUAAUUGAGUGUCCUACUGCCGAGAGUAAAGUCUUAUUUUACGAGCUUGUUGGAUCUCUGAUGAAGAUUUCAGGGACAAAUCAAUGAUUACACUUGAAUGUUUUGAUCCUAUUCACUUAUUCUGGUAACCUGUUUUCAAAGAAUGCUUUCAAAACUGUCUAAAAGUUAUAAAUAUUUUACAUUUUUGAUCAAUUUCUAUUCAAGAUGCUGAGAUUAACUGGAUCACAGAGCUUCAAAUGGAUCACAGAGCUUCAAACCUGUUACCAUGUCAUGAGCUUCUCAGAUGAAGGCUUAUAAUGUCUUAAACACUACUCAUAUUUGCUGUAAAUCCUUGAUGUUUCAGUAAUAAUUUAAGUAUAUCAAAUACUUUGGUGUUUUAUGGAAAAAAUUUCCUAGUGUACGCUAUGCAUUUGAGCUCUUACGUUUAAAAAACAUUCAAGUGAAAAUAACAAACUGUUAAAGUUUUCACAGCUUUGUAAAUGCUCAAAUUCAAUUGCACAAGACGUCUCGUAAGCUGAGAUUCAGCUUUCAGUAUGCUACUUAUUUCUGUAAUCAGAAAAAUGUUCCAACCUUUUUGACAUCUUCUCUCUAUGGUAUGGAAAUGCUUAUAGUCGUAAAUGCUUAUUAAACUUCAACUGCACUAUAGUCAUUUGUGGAUGUGUUUUCAUGUUAUGUGUAAUGACUGAUAAAACCUGCCAUUGUACACGUGAAAUUGGUAAAGUAUUGAAAUUUGAAAUUUAAAUCGCUUAUUCAAAACUAAAGCAUCUCGAUUAAUCGAACAUUACUUGAACAAUUCAUGAACUGCAUUUCUACUUAAUCAUAAAUAUGCUUUUCUGAUACUCAGUUAAUAUAACUCAUAGAUACACUGGAGAGGCAAAACAUUAUGACCACCUACUCAAUAAGGCGCUGCGUGCCUUUUGGCCUGCAAAACAGCUGCAACUCGCCUUGGCAUGGAUGCUACGAGUUCUUGGUAGAUGGAGACAGGUUGUACCAAAUGUCUAAGCAGCGGUCACGCAAAAUCGAAAUAUUCCAACACGAUCGUGUUUGAGCUCUGAGCUGCCACUCCAUGACAUCCCAAAUCGGGUAGAUCUCCGGCGAGUUAGGUGGCCAGGACAUUAACUUGAAUUCAUCCUUAUACUCCUCGAACCACUUCAACACGGUUCGAGCCUUGUGAUAUGGGGCAUUGUCCUGCUGGAAGAUUCCGUUGCCAGUUGGGAAGACAGACGCCAUGUAAGGGUGCAAUUGAUCUGUAGUUAUGUUCAGAUAGUCAGCAGCUUUCAUGGUUUGUUGUACCACAACUUACAGUCUCAAAGCCGCCCACGAGAACGUCUCCCAGAGCAUAAUACCGCCACCAUCAACCUCUGUAUGACUUGCUGUACAGAUCGGAGCGACUGUUCGCCUGGAAGACGGCGUACCCUAACACGGCCAUCGACGUGAUGGAGGAGAAAUCAUGAUUCAUCCAGGCAACAGGCAACUGUCUUCCACUUAUCCAUGGUCCAGUCUCGAUAUUCCCGCUGUAAGCGUAGUUGACAAUGAUACUUGGUCAACACAGACACAUAAGUCCCGUCCAACAGUGUCCGCUGUGCAGUCCCAUAUCCAACAGUGUCCGCUGAACUGUGUGCUCAGAACCACUUGUACUCUGACCUGCAUUGUACUGGACUGUCAGCUGAACCACUCUCUGGGAUCGACUUUGCUGUAGCAAGCGGGACAGUCACCGACGUUCCUUUUUGAUGACGUAUGGACGUCCAAAACCUUGGCAUCUACCGUCGGAUUCACCACGUUGUGUAAAUACUAAUAACAGCAGAUCGUGAACAAUCUAUCAGCCGUGCAAUUUCGGAGAUACUCGUUCCGAGUCUUUGGAUCAUUACAAUAUGCCGUCUAACAAAUUCGCUUAGAUCAGCAGCCUUUUCCGUUUCUCGCAUAAGUAAGUGCAAGAAUAAAAUCCUUACCUUCUUCAGCAGCAGUCAAAUACGAUUCCCACUUCAUCACGUUCCCUCUACGUCAUCCAGACGAGUUCAUUGAAAAACGUGCGGUUGGUCAUAAUGUUUUGGCUCAUUAGUGCAUUUUCCUUAUGCAUUCAAUAAUGUUUAUGCAAAGCAAGAUUCUUAUCGUAUAAUCAAAUCGUAUCAAUCAUAAUCGAAGCAUUAAUUUUAAGGCCUACAGCUUGUUAUUUAUAAGCUAAAAUAUUUCAACUGUUGCAAAUUUUAUUUGAAAUACAAAUAUUAUAUACAAAGUAUGAAAUUCACAAUAAUUUUGCAAAUUGUGAACACACUUCGCAAUCCGCUGUAAAGCUUGGAUAAUCCUAUUCAAACUCUAUAAACUGAAAGCGCUUAGGAAACGCCGUAUUUUUCUUUUGUGCAUUUAUUAAGAGAUCCUUAAUGAUAUUUCUAAUUCAUAGAAAAGCAAUUUUACUUCGAUUACUGACGAAACCUUUAAAAUAAAACGUUUAAGAAACAGAGAGUGUUAAGCUAAAGAAAAAAAAUCAUGUUUCCUCUAUAUUUAUUUAAAAGACCUUUUUCUUUUAUUAGUUCAAAAUGUUUCAUUCCUAAAGUGUUAAUAGAUAUGGCAACUUUGAAUGUAAGUUUCCUUAUUCAAAUAGCAAUUGCAAGAUAUGUGUCAAAAGCCCGUUGUCAGACCAGAU